CUCCCGACCGUCCAAUCAGAGGGCGAAUAACUGGAUAUGCAAAUUAGACGUGUCAUUACGUCGGCGGUGGCGAAACCGCUGAGGUCGCCGGCAGCGCUACAACUAUAACUUCGUGAUUAGACGUAAUUUAAAAAAGGGGAAAAAAGAAAAUUAAUACACUGACACGUCGUGGCCCGGGAGACCGCCGCUUCACUUGGGGGUGGGGUGGGAUUCUGCUCAUCUGUUGAUGUCAAAAGACGAACACACGGCUGCAAAGAUAAACUUGAUACUGAGACCCAAGACCAACCCUCUUCAAUAUGCCCCGCAAACAUUACUAAGGACCCUUCUGGAAUGCAUUGUCGAGCUGAUCCUGCCCGAUUGGCUACAUGAACAGAUUGAUGCCCCCUAGCCACCUAACCAUACCCGAUAACCGCCACUAGAGGGCACCGCCUAUUCUGCCUGCUCCAUGACUGACCCCAUCAUGGACCUGUUCGACGAGCAGGGCCUGUUUGCCGGCGGCCUGGAGGAUCUCUCUGAGCAGGGCUUUGCUGUCGAUACCGUGUCCCUGGUGGAUGAACUGGGCCUCAACCCAGAGUUCGAGCCCCUGCGGGUGGACCCGCAGUGCGUGCAGAAGCCCCCAGGCCCUCCAGCCGCCAUCUUCUCCCAGCCGGACCUGGCCUUCGAGCCAACGGACACUGCUCUGUCGCAGCCCCCCCAGUACCAGCGGGCUCCUCCACAGCGGGCGGCACCCGUCGACCGCCCAUUUCCCGACAGUAGCCCCAUGUGGGGCAACCAGGAGUUGGCUGUGAGCCCCUUCCAGCAGGUGGCGCCGCAGAGGGCCGAACAGCUCCCACAAUCAGGCUGUUUCCAGCUCCCCCAGCAAGGCUUGGAUCCCCAGCCUCUUCCCCAAGCCGACUUCUACCCAGCAGACCCCAGCCUCAAGCAGCAGCAGGUGGGCGCUCAUGACCCCAGCAGCACCCUGCCGCUUAACGUGGAACAUGGUCAGAGCCCCUUCUGUCAGGGCGACGCCUCCAGUGCCUUGGGCCAGCUCCCCACCUUCCUGGACACGCCGAGUGGCCCGCUUUCUGGGGGUCUUCCUCAGCAGGGCGGGCCGCAGUACCCUGGCUCCACAGUCCUCUCCUCCUGCUUGGCUGGCUCUGGGCCAGCCUACACCCCGUACUCUGUCCACGGGCAGCUGGCCGUCCAGCCUCCGUCCUCCGCGUCGGUGAUUCCCAGCGGCCCCGGUCCAGUCGGCGGCAUGCUCUCGUCCACGUUCUCCGGGAUGGGCGACGAAUUUUCCUUCGGCCCUGAGGUUAGUCAGCAGCAGCCUGGUCCUGCCCACCCGGGCGAAAGCGGCCCCUUCCAGGAUACGGACCCCGCGAGGCAGGCCCCCGGAGGCUACGGCAGCGUCGAGCUCUUCCCCGAAGCCCUCUGUGGUUAUGGUGGCACCGUAACCCAGCAGCGUGGCACCUCUGACCUUGUUCCACCGUCUGUGACCAACAACACCAGCUACCAGGCCCUGGAGGAGAGCUUGCUGCAGCAGGUGGGUGUCCACGCCAGCAGCUUUGAAGGCCUGGACCCCCCCGACCUCCUAGAGGAUGACCUCCUUCCCCAGCUGGAAGCUGCCUUAAAUCAGGAGACAGCCCUGGUGCAUCAGGAAUCACCCAGCUACCCCUGGCCAAACGGCAACCCCCCCUUCUCAAUGAGCUUCGAAGCAGCGCGGCCUGCACUCUCCGAACGCUCCUUGCCGAGGAGGAGGGGGGUGGAACAAGGGAGCGGGCGGAAAAAAAGUGGGAGACGCAGAAGGAGCACGCAGCCGAGCUUUUGUGUACAAAGAAGGAGCAGCCUACCUUUGAGCUCGGGAUCGGAGAGGAGAAACCAGAAAGGAUACGGGCGGCCGGGCGAGCGAGAGAGGCGAGGGGAGAGAGGCCAAGUGGCCGCACCGGUGGAGGGAGUCAAUGAGAGGGGGGGGGAGGCGAGCAGAGGCAGGCAGAGAAACGCCGCGGCACAUGGAAUGAGCGCUCCCGGGGCCGCCACGUCCCACGGCAGCCCCGCCACGUCCCACGGCAGCCCCGCCACCGAGUGAAGCCAGAACCAGCCACCGCCGCCGCUGCCUCAUGCUCUCAUCCUGAGCCCAGCCCGCGGGGGGAGAGGAGGAGGAGGUGGAGGA